AUGAACAACAUUUUUUUCCCAGGCUGGAACCAGUGUGCGGUGUACAACGGGGGAUGCUCCCAUCUGUGCCUGGGUGUGCCGGGCCUGCGGGGCUUUCAGUGCGCAUGCCCCACCCACCAUUUGCUGGGGCCCAAUAACCGCACCUGCCAGCGUUUUCCGCAGGACUCAUUUGCCAAAGUCAAGCUGGUGCCCACCCGCUUCCUGCUGUUCAGCCAGAAGUCCAGCAUUAGCCGACUUGGCUUGAAUGCUGACGACUCUCCAGACAUAAUGCUGCCCAUCCAAGGCCUCAAGAACAUUCGCGCCUUGGAAUUCGACCCUGUUGCAGAUUUCCUCUACUGGAUUGAUGGCAAGUCGCACGUUAUCCGCCGAAGCCGGGACAUGGAACCCAGAUGGCUGCUAGAAGAAAGCACUAGCAAGGAGUACGGCAGCCAUGACAAACUUUUGAUGCAAGCACUUUUACUAGUUGUGUUAAGCCAUGUAAUCAAACAGUGUCUACAAAGGGCUCAGCAGAACCACAAAGUGACAACGGUGGCGGUCGGCACGGGCACUCAUCCGUUUGCUCUGGCACUGGACCCGUACGCACGCCAGCUCUUCUGGAGCUGCAGCCAGGGCAACCUAAUCAACAUCAGCUCACUGGAUGGUGGGCGUCCGCUGGGCAUCUUACUGGCUUCAGGCGAGGAUCGGCCCAGACAUCUUGCCCUGCACCCACACCUGGG